ACUUUCAAGUUAAUCUCAGCCACCACCUCCACCAAUAACAUUUCUGACUCCCUCACUCCAUAACUCAUAGUCACAGCUGAGAGAGUGAGAAACAGAAAAAAAUGGCAGUAAGCAUGGCGACCGCAUCAACCGUGAUUGGGCUGGGUAGUUCCUCCCUCUCACCAAACAGGACAUGCCUUACUUCAGGCUUUGUGAAGCCUAUCGUGGUUGGAAACCCUUUGAGGCAAGUUAGGGCUUCUGGAGGAAGGUUCACAUGCUUUCAGAGGGAUUGGCUGCGGAGAGAUCUGAAUGUGAUUGGGUUUGGGUUGAUAGGAUGGCUGGCUCCGUCGAGCAUACCGUUAAUCGACGGUAAGAGUUUGACGGGGCUCUUCUUUGAGAGCAUUGGUGCUGAACUCGCUCACUUCCCCUCACCUCCUGCUCUCACUUCUCAGUUUUGGCUGUGGCUGAUAACAUGGCACUUGGGGCUUUUCAUCACCCUGACCUUUGGGCAGAUUGGAUUCAAGGGGAGGACUGAAGAUUACUUUGAUAAAUGAUCCUUUUAAUUAGGUUAUCUAAAAUUUAUAUAUAUGCUUAAUGUUCAAUUAUCUCAAUUUCUUUUCCCUUCUUUCUCCUGUUGUAACUCCACAACUUGAUCCUCCUUAAUCAAUAUUGUGUACCUUUGUGUAAAUAAAUAUGUAUUCAAGUCAGGUUACUGCUACUUAGUAUUAUAAUUUAGUGAUAUUCCUCUUUA